AAAGCCCAACGUUCUGAAGUGUAGCAAGGUUCCAUAGUAACUUCGUUGACACAGUGGGAGCUUGGCUGUCGUACACUGGCUAGUAGAAGCCGCUUCAUAGCGCGAAACAGAAAAUAGAUAUUUCACACUUCACUUUUCCUCUCCAACACCCGUGGAAAUGUUUAACAGUCUUCUCAGGGAAUUUGACGAGGACCCUUUCUUCUCCUCAUCAAGGGAUCCAUUCCAGGCACACAACACACAUGUACAACAGAUGAUGCGGAGUUUAUCAGAGCCCUUCGGUCGGGACUUCAUGCCCAGUCUGACAGGCGGGUAUGACAGGGGCCGCGUAGCCAGGGGCCAACCCAACACUAGCAUGGCGCUACAGGAGGACCACAGGGGGAUGAGCCAGUCGCUUUCGCCUUUCGGCAGUAUUGAGAACACGGACAUGGAGUUGAGGAACCCUUUCAAUAUGUUGGACAGCAUGAUGUUCGGCGUGAGGAACAGGAUGGGGGACAUGCACAGAAACUUUGAGAACCUGUCCACAGACUUGAACGCCAACACCACCGCUCACUCAUUCAGCUCCUCCUCAGUGAUGACCUAUUCCAAGGUUGGAGACGAACCCCCCAAGGUGUUCCAGGCCUCCUCCCAGACACGGCGCGCUCCUGGCGGGAUUAAGGAAACUCGGCAGUCCCUUAAGGACUCAGAGAGCGGCCUGGAGAAGAUGUCCAUUGGACACCAUAUCCAGGACCGGGGACACGUGCUGGAGAAAAAACACAACAAGAAGACAGGGGAACGGGAGCUCAACCAGGACUUCCAGAAUCUGGAUGAAUCCGAGGCGCAGUCCUUUGACAAAGAGUGGCAGCAAGAGGUGUCUAAAUUCCGACCAUUUGCCCCCAUGUCCCGUCUGGAGGCCCCCAAGCCCAGGGAAGUGCACCGGGCAGCCCUCACCGCCGCCGCCGCCACCGGCCCCGACCAGGGACGGAGGGGCAAACGAAACCCAAAACCUGAAGGAAGGAAAAUACACAUCGACGAUCUCAACGUCAAAGGCUCAGGCAUGACGAAGCAGUAGAAAUUUCUAGCGAAUAAAGCUAUGUCAGGCAACAACUCUUUGAUGCUUAUACCUUUCUCUAAGACAAGCUUGGUUUCCAGAUAUUUUGUCUCACAGAAAAUCAGAAUGUCCCAGUUGUUGAUAUGCUUUUUACCCAUUAAUUUUCACACUACCAAGUAAAGAACACUUGUUAAUGAAGUCAGGCACUUAUUCUGUCAGAAGAUCCACACAACCUUCUUCCAAAAAGCUCAGGACUCCUGUAGAAGUAGCAUUAAAACAGGGACACCAUAAGCUACUAGCAAGUGAUAUAUGAUUUCAGAAUCAUUUCAUGAGAGCAGACAUAAUUGGUCACAAUUAGAUAAAACACUAUAUAGGUCUAUCAUUGGGCAUCAGGUCAAUGUUGUCUGAGAAAUACUAUCCUGCUUUUGGAAAUGUCAUGUUCACAUUGUAUAGAUUGCAUCAAAAAGGAAACAAACGUAUAUAUUUAUGCAGUUUGAAGUCCAUAAGUGCACUUAGAUGUCAAAAUGGUGUGCCUUUUUUAGUGUAGUGGCCACCUGCUGUAAUCUUUGUAAAAAAUUAUAUUACCCUUUUUAUAUUGUUAUUUCAUGUGGGUUUCUCUUGUUUUUCACCAUGGUAUUAAUUUAUCCCCUAAAACGCAGAAUUUAUGGUUGGGAUGAAAGUGUCCGGUUAAUUCUGAAAUAUUCUUAUCGAUUGACCUCAUAAGAUCCUCAAUUUGAAAAUAAAUAUUUCAUAUCAAAAGCGAA